GGAUAUUUAAGGAGACAUGAGGUUUACAGAGAACAGACAAACAAUAUGGCGCACCGAGUACAGACAAACAACACAACACUCCGUGAUGGAGCACGCCCAGAGCUCAACAAAUUGGACUCGGACACCUUCCGUCCGGACACAGACGGAGAGAAGGUUCACAGAUGAGGUGGCAUUCGUCAUGGAUGUGCUUCUGCCAGAGGCGACAGUCCACGCCCUUGCAGCUGUACUCUCGGUUUCCCUUGAAAGAGCCAAGGAAACGUAUAAAUGUGGACCCGAGUAUGACUGGAGUGAGAUGGAACUUUGUUCUCAUUACCUCACCAAGAACAUGAGUGAGGAAGUGCACUAA